AUGGCCCAGGCAGGCAGCGGCCAGUCAAAUUGCGGCUGCACGUACGAACCCAGUCUGGUGGUAGCUACCUACCUGGGUACCGACUCAACCCACCAUCGACAGUCACCCAUCACAUCACAGUUGGACCUUUGCGUACCCACCCAGCAACACAACAGAAAAAACGGAAUGUGGGAAGACACCACCACGGCCGAGACAAGCAAACCAAACGCCGAGAGCGCUAGGCCGCAAAAAUCACUCGAGGGCGGAGCCACCGGACGUGCAGUAAAUAUCAGCAAAAUGUCGAGCAGCAGGAGGCCAGAAGCGGGCAGCGGGGGUUGCCACUCCUGCUGCCCCCCUGCGGCUAUUUUUGGCCAGGUCUAG